GACGGAGGGAGUACUUACUAAAUUUUGAUGUUGUGCGCCCUUGCUUCAGGUCCUAGAAUAUGAUGCACCAGAGGCACUGCUACUGAAUGAAGGAAGUGCAUUUCACCGGAUGGUUCAGAGUACAGGCGCAGCUAAUGCAGAGUAUUUGCAAAGCUUAGUACUUGGGGUAGGAGAGAUCAAACCGGAAGUUGAUAAACAGCUAGAUGGGGUAAGGAGAGGGCUCGCCUCUUCUCGUUGGGCUGCUGCGGCACAAUAUGCACUGGGUAUUAGUCUCAGUUCAUCACAGAAUGACCUUAUCCAGCUGGAAAUUGAAGAUGACGUUCAUAUCCUCAACAAAACGAAGGACGCCGUGGUAACUUUGCAAGGUGUUUUGGAAGGGAAGCACAACAAUGAAAUUGAAGAGACGCUGGAUCGCUACCAGGUCUCCAAAGAUAGAUGGUGGUUUGCCUUAUACAGAGUGGUUGAAGGUCUUGCAACAAUGAGUAGGCUGGCUCCAAACAGGCUUCAACAUGGCGAAUUCGAGUUCGAAGGGAAAUCAAUUGACUGGGAUCAUGCUGCAAUGUAGGAGGAGCCCACUGCCAUACAUUGUUUAUUAAUUCUUACCUCUAAUUUUCAUACCACACAAAUUAUUUUGCCUUUUAUCGAUACGUAGAAAGCUUUUUUUAUAUAUACCACUUUAGAAGAUGUUGAUACCAGUGUUACUAAAACCGGUCCGAACCGGUCAAACCAAGAACCGGUGGGCGUGCCGGUUUUCAAGCUUUAAUAACAUGGGUUGAAAAUAAAUGUUUGGGGAAAAUUUUGUGGGUUGUAUAAUUUCAUCAUCCCUCCAAGGUGGUAUUCCUUUGAAAUAACAGUUCUUAUAUGGG